GGCUCGGAUCGGACCCAAAUCCACUUUCCACACUUUCCAAUACAAACUCUAACGUCAUCUUCACCCUCGUUCUCACUUUGCUUCUUUGUAUUUAUUCCAACAUUAUAAAUUUACAAUUUAAAACCCGUCUCUCUCUCACAGAUCACAACAGACUCGUAAGAGACAAUCUUUGUGCUUCAAUAAUCCACACAACAAAUUAUGCAGCCCUCCAGUGCAGAUGUUAAUCAUAGGAUUACCCGAAUUUCAGCUCAUCUUUGUCCUCCCAAUCUACAGAUGGACGAAAGUUCUGGUUUGAGAAGGGAGAAUUGCCGGGCAAAAGGUGGAUCACCCGGAUUCAGAGUUGCGAUCUUGGGUGCUGCAGGUGGCAUAGGGCAGCCUUUGGCCAUGUUGAUGAAGAUGAAUCCAUUGGUCUCUGUUCUUCAUCUCUACGAUGUCGUCAACACUCCUGGUGUAACUGCAGAUGUCAGUCACAUGGACACUGGUGCUGUGGUGCGAGGUUUCCUAGGACAAAAGCAAUUAGAGGAUGCCCUCACAGGCAUGGACCUUGUAAUCAUUCCUGCUGGUGUUCCUAGAAAACCGGGAAUGACAAGGGAUGACCUGUUCAACAUUAAUGCUGGAAUUGUCAAAACCCUAUGUGAAGGAAUUGCGAAGUGCUGCCCAAAGGCCAUUGUCAACGUGAUCAGUAAUCCUGUAAACUCUACAGUUCCUAUUGCAGCUGAGGUUUUCAAGAAAGCUGGCACCUAUGAUCCAAAGCUACUUUUAGGAGUUACAAUGCUUGAUGUUGUCAGAGCCAAUACUUUUGUGGCAGAAGUUUUGGGACUUGAUCCAAGGGAAGUUGAUGUUCCAGUUGUAGGGGGUCAUGCAGGGAUUACGAUUUUACCUCUUUUGUCUCAGGUUAAGCCUCCAUGCUCUUUCACCCCUGAAGAAAUUGGCUAUCUGACAACUCGUAUUCAGAAUGGUGGAACUGAAGUUGUCGAGGCAAAAGCUGGAUCUGGAUCUGCUACACUGUCAAUGGCAUACGCUGCUGUUAAAUUUGCUGAUGCAUGCUUACGGGGUUUGAGGGGAGAUGCUGGCAUUGUUGAAUGUGCUUUUGUGGCUUCUCCGGUGACUGAACUUCCUUUCUUUGCAUCCAAGGUACGGCUUGGCCGUACUGGUGUUGAGGAGAUACAUCCACUUGGUCCCUUAAAUGAAUAUGAGAGGGUUGGCUUGGAGAAGGCAAAGAAGGAGUUGAUGGGAAGCAUUGAGAAGGGAUUUUCCUUCGCCAAGAAAUGAGUGGGUGCUUAAUGACACGGUCUCUAAGCCUUUUAAACUCUGAAGAUUUGCUUAUCCUGAAAAUAAGUGUAGCGUCUUUUUGUAACAAAAGCAGACUGAAGCGACUUUCCGUGUGCUUAUGGGGUUGCUUCUAUCGGUGUAGAUGAAAUUUUAAUUUAUCGAAUAAUGUAGAAAGUGGUUUCAUUUUACCAAAACUAGACAUAAGAACUGCUUGCUCUUCGAAAGUGCUUGGGACGAGUGGGUUCGUUUCCCCUAGAGAGAGUAGGUUUUUUUUUUUUUUUUUUGUGAAAUUUAUUGUGUUGUGCUCUUUUUCAUGUAUUUGUUGCACUACUACGAUGUAGUGCAUUGUACUAGCAAUAUUCAACUAAUUCUUUUUUACUA